GGUAAUACUUUUUUCCACAGCAAGUACAUAAGGCUGACGUAAUAAGAUAUUCAGCAUCAGUAUGCGUUCUAAAAAACGACCAAAAUGGAGCGUUUCGCCGUAGUCCUCUGUUUCUGCUUCGCGGCUCAAGGAUCUUUCGCACAGAUAUGCGAACCCGUUGACGUACUCGACACGACUGUUUUAGAAAGAACGUUCGCAAAAGGCGCACUAAGCCUUCCUGUACCAACUUUGGAAGCAGAUGAUCACUUGGCCGGUAUAUUUCAGAUUAAUUAUGCAGAUGCAGCCGGGGCCUACGGCCGGUCUUUAGUAAUGAAUGUUUACGAACAGGCGAAAAUUCAGGGUAUGGUUCUAAUAGACGUUAUUAACGAGCUCGCUAACGAAUGGCAGUCGUCGAUUCAAAUGAUGGGCACGAAUCAGGGUGUCGAGGGAGUCUCUAACAUCGAAGACGUCAUGAAUCGGAUUGCGAUGCAGUUUCAAGAAUUCUUAUCACUGUCACCUGGACCUGGAAUUCCCGUGCAACCGCCGCUGCCGCCCUUGCCGAUGCCAAAUCUACAGCUGAAUCCCGUAGUGAGUCCAUUGUCGCCCCAAAGCCUGUUCGUGAACUACAACGCCACGUUGAACGAGAUUUCCUCGAACAUUUACGCGUAUACGGGUUCGAUAUUUUUGGCAGGGUGGAAUUCUGUAUGGUCCUAUUACGAUGUAUACGGAUUGGAAGUUCGCAACGAGAUCCUGAAUGACAAGGUAUUAGAGGUUUACAGACGAGUCGCAUUGCAAAUCAAUAUGGAAUGCGAUUUCAUUAAGGAUAAAGUCAACCCAGACCUUUGGGAAUCUUACAAGCUUGCUGCUGAUCGCAUAGAGGCGGAAUGGAACGCUUACCAAGUCUACAAAAGUCAAGUAGCAUGCAUCGCAGUCGUGUGAAUUUUCGAUUAUUUUCAGAAGCCAGUAUGUGAGAGGAUGGACUUCUUGUAAACAGGAUUUCCGACGAACCGCAUCGUUUCUUUUUUUUUUGCCGUUUUUUCAAUCUCUCUCGACCCCAGUAACAGAAAAUAAUGGUAAUUCUGAGAAAAAAAGCUACCUAUUUCCGCAAUUCUGUGAGAAAUGUUGUGAUUUUAUUGGAGUACGACAAAAUAAUAGAGGACAAUUGAUUAAAUUAUUUUAUUAUCAACAAAAGUAACUGACACCCUGCAGUACUGUGCGAUAGUGCCUUACGCAAAAAGCGAUGAGCUUUUCGGCUAACAACGGCCCUUUUUUUGGUCUAUUCCGUUUUCAUGGUAAGCGGUGGCUGUAUGUUUUGUUACGUUUUCAAAGUAAAUACAGUUGACAAGUUUAUUUAGUUACGAAAAUACAUUUUAUUCAGACGAUACUGAAUAAAUAAAGGUACUCCGGUUGAAAAAAUAAGUCAACUCACGUACAAUUUGUGCGAAACGAAAUAGGAAUUUGAAAUUUCCUCAGAAGUCAUUCGGACUAUAUUGAACUAACGGCAUGAGGUUACGGAGUUGUUUUCCUUUCAUGAACAAUAACAAUAUCCACUACCGUUGAACAAUGAUACCUCAAAACCACGAUGAAAUGUUACACCAAUAGUUUACGAAAAUCUCGUAGCCUGCUCCAAACAUAAGAUCAGAUAAUUAUAAUUAUAAUUAACUUUUUCUAUUAUGCAAAGUAUAAGAUUGAAUAGUCAACAAUCAAAAAAACAAAA